AGCAAGCAAUGAUUAGAGUAACGUGCAAGCUCCCAUUACCUUGAAACAUAAAGAGCAGCAAAAUCCAUGAGAAAAUAAUCAAAGGAUAAUCCUCUAUCUAGUAAUGACGAUUUUAAGCUCUCUUUCAUGGAUAAGCUUUCUUCUUCUACUCUUUCUUGUUCAUGCUCAAGACCAAUCUGGUUUUAUCAGUAUAGAUUGUGGUAUACCGGAUGAUUCGAGCUACAAUGACGAGACAACAGACAUAAAGUAUGUUUCCGAUUCAACGUUUGUUGAGUCAGGAACAAGCAAGAGCAUAGCUCCUGAGCUUAAGACAAAUACUUCUCUUGCAAGACAGUUUCACAAUCUAAGAAUCUUCCCUGAGGGUAAGAGAAACUGUUACAAAGUGUGGCCUCAACAAGGUAAAGGAUUUAAGUAUUUGAUCAGAACCCGUUUCAUGUAUGGAAACUACGAUGGAGUUGGUGAAGCACCACCCGCUUUCGAUCUCUAUCUCGGUGUUAAUCUAUGGGAUUCUAUUGUUCUUGACAAUUCAACAUCUAUAGUAACCAAAGAGAUCAUACACACUCCCUCUCUAGACUAUUUUCAUGUUUGUCUUGUUGAUAAGAACAGCGGAACUCCUUUCUUGUCUGUCUUGGAAGUAAGAUUCUUGAAGAACAAUACUUAUGAGACUCCUUAUGAAUCUCUCAUGCUUUUCAAGAGAUGGGAUUUGGGCUCUAUUAGUAAUCUUCCUGUCAGAUACAAAGAUGAUGUCUAUGAUCGCAUAUGGAUGCCUAGUAGGUUUACGGACCAUAUGAUACUAAACACGUCACUCCCUAUUGAUCAAAACUACAACAACCUCUUCCAACCAGCUAGUGUUGUCAUGAGCACCGCUACAAGACCACUUAACGCUAGCAGUUACAUACUUCUGUAUUGGGAACCGGAAGACCCUAGGUUGAAGUUCUAUGUAUAUCUGCAUUUUGCUGAGGUUGAAGUGCUCACAGGAAACCAGACGAGAGAAUUCACAGUUAAUUACAACAAUGACACAACACUUGCUGAAAAGUUUAGGCCUAGCUACUUGUAUACGGAUACAGUUGUCACUCCAGACCCAGUAACUGGAUUAAUACAUGAGUUUUAUUUGGUACAAACUUCUGUUGAAAUGCUUCCACCGAUCAUUAACGCCAUGGAGAUAUAUCAAGUUAAUGAGUUCCUUCAGUUAUCAACUGAUCAAGAGGAUGUGGAUGCCAUGACGAAGAUCAAGGAUACGUACAGAGUGAAGAAAAACUGGCAAGGAGAUCCAUGUGUUCCUGUGGAUUAUUCUUGGGAAGGUCUUGAUUGUAUGGAUAGUGAUAACACUACUAACCCAAGAGUUAUUUCUCUGAACUUAUCUUUUAGUGGAUUGACUGGACAGAUUGAUCCAGCCUUUUCCAAUCUUACAUCCAUCAAAAAACUGGAUUUGGCAGGUAAUAACUUAACAGGAAAAGUACCAGAUUUCCUUGAAAAUUUACCAAAUUUAACUGAGUUAAACUUGGAAGGAAACAAGCUGAUAGGAAUAAUUCCACGAAAACUUCUUGAGAGAUCAAAGGAUGGAUCACUUUCACUGAGGUACGGUGGAAAUCCCGAACUUUGUUCGUCUGAUUCAUGCGAAAAGACAAAGAAAAAUCAUGGUUACAUCAUUCCAGUAGUAGCAUCAGUCAUAGGACUGCUCCUUCUUUUGACCGCAUUUGCUUUAUUCUGGCAUUUAAAGAAAAGAUCACAUAAAGGUUCCAAUGAUGCCAUGACCGGUCCAUUCAACACAGCUCAACGAUACUUCAAAUACUCAGAAGUUGUGAGUAUCACAAAUAACUUCGAGAGAGUUCUCGGCAAAGGAGGUUUUGGUGAAGUAUACCAUGGAAUCUCGGAUGGAGAUCAAGUUGCAGUCAAGAUACUUUCUGAAGAAUCAGCUCAAGGUUACAAAGAGUUUCGAGCAGAGGUGGAAAUUCUGAUGAGAGUUCAUCACAGAAACCUGACCUCUCUUUUCGGAUACUGCAAUGAGGGAAACAGAAUGGUCCUUAUUUAUGAGUAUAUGGCUAAUGGGAACUUAGGAGACUACUUAUCAGGAAAAAUGUCAUUUAUAUUGAGCUGGGAAGAGAGGUUAAAGAUUUCACUAGAUGCAGCGCAAGGGCUAGAGUAUCUUCACUAUGGUUGUAAGCCUCCUAUAGUUCACAGAGAUGUUAAGCCAACGAACAUAUUACUAAAUGAGAAGAUCCAAGCCAAGAUUUCAGACUUCGGUUUAUCAAGAAGCUUCCCCGUUGAAGGAAGCGAUCAGAUUUCAACCGUUGUGGCUGGAACAAUUGGUUACCUUGAUCCCGAGUACUACUCGACGCGCCAAAUGAACGAGAAGAGUGAUGUUUAUAGCUUCGGAGUUGUUCUUCUUGAAGUGAUAACAGGGCAGCCUGUAAUUGCAUCCUCAAGAAGAGAGAGGCAUAUAAGUGAUCAGGUCAGUUCGAUGUUAGGCAAAGGAAACAUCAGAGGGAUUGUGGAUCAGCGUCUGGGAGAGAGAUAUGAUGCUGGCUCUGCUUGGAAAAUGGCAGAAUUAUCCCUUGCUUGUACAGAGCAGAGGUCUACGCAUAGACCAACGAUGAGUCAGGUAGUUAUGGGGCUGAAACAGAUCGUUGAUGGCAGAAUGAACGAUCAUAAUAACCAAGGUGACUCGACAAAGAUGGUUACAGUGAAUCUGAAAUCCGAAAUGGGUCCUCAAGCAAGGUAGAUGAUUUUACUGCGUGCUGAAGAACAAAUUCUUU